AAGAUGCCUAUAAAAAAUAAACACAAAUAAAUUGAACAAAUGAGGUGGAGUACCACUGAUAUUUGUACUUUUUGUCCACCCGCCCCCCGCACCCCCCCCCCCCAUAAAAAAUAAACAAAUACAAAAACGAGGAAGGACUCCUUCCACUCAUCCAAACUUGUACAGCUUUUAUCCAACCCAUGGCCAUUAGCCAAUGCAUCGCCUUUCUUUUUUAACACCCCGAUUUAUCACCACCAUUCCAUUAUCACUUUGCACAUCCGCCAUAUCCACAACUCACAAUAACUCCAUGGAAGUUGAAGUCAAACUCCGUUUACCUAACGCCGUUACUCACCAACGCUUCUCUUCACUUCUCUCCCCUUACCAUCUCAAAACAUACCUCCAAGAGAACGUCUUCUUUGACGGCGCCAACUCCGAACUCUCCUCCAAUCUCUCCGUCCUCCGUCUCCGCUUCUACGAUCUCGACGUCCAGUGCGUUGUGUCCCUCAAGGCUAAACCCGUCAUUUCAAACGGAGUGAGUCGCGUUGAAGAAGAUGAAGAAUCCAUUGACCCUUCCAUCGCCCGCGCUUGUGUUGCGGAGCCGUGGAGGUUACUGUUGAUCGAUUCUUCAAGGAUAAUGCGGAGGGUGAGGGAGGAGUAUGGGAUUGGGGAGAAGGGAUUGGUUUGUUUGGGCGGGUUUAGGAAUGUGAGAGCGGUGUAUGAGUGGAACGGGUUGAAAUUGGAGCUUGAUGAAACGAACUAUGACUUCGGAAAUAAUUAUGAGAUUGAAUGUGAGAGUUGUGAUCCUGAAAGAGCUAAGCAUUUGCUGGAGGAGUUUCUCAACAGUCAUGGCAUUCCUUAUUCGUAUUCUAGUGUUUCUAAAUUUGCCAUUUUCCGCUCUGGAAAAUUGCCUCAGUAGGUAAAUACUAGUAACAAUGUCGUGCAGAAACUCUGAAGUAAUUCGUUUUUCUAUUUGCCGCAGAAUCUGCUCUGAAUUGCUCGUAUUGUGCAAUUGAGAAAACAUUGUAUUGCUAUCCAGGAACUUAAAAUUUAUUUGAAACAAAACUUAGGCUUGUUAUGGUAA